AUUACAAUUCUGGAAAAGAAAAGUCCCAAAAAGAAAGAAAAACUAGGGUUUUCUUCUGCCCAAUCCUAAUUCGUCUUCGUCUUCCUAGGAGAUAGAUAGAUUCACACAACACUUGCCUUCCUGUCGGGUGUUCCGAAUCACUUGUCUCUUCACCAACUUCUUAAAUUCUUACUCUUUCCUUUGCCAAGUCGCGAUCGAUUACACAGCUUCAGGCUCUUCUAAUCUCCAUCGAUUGCUAAAAUCUUUGCUGUGCAAUUCCCUCUGAGAUGCAACCGAAAUCGGGGAGAGGGAACGAAGCGGAAGUCAAUGAUCAUCACCCUGCUGAUCAGCAGCAGCAGCCGAUGAUGUAUCCAGAGCCCUGGUGGAAGAACAACGCUGCUUUUGGCGUCAUUCCACCACCUUCUUCUGGACUUCCUUCGAACUCCUCAUCUUUGGAUUGUCCCAAUGGUUCUGAAUCUAACGAUCUUCACUCUGCUUCUGAAGACGGUGCUGCCGGGGCUAACGAUGCCGCUUGGAAGGAUUCUUCACAAGCUGUUACUUCCUCCCCUUCAGUUGACCACCAUGGAAUGGAAGGGAGUGAUCCGACACAUGUGGCGGCUUCUAUGCACAAUCAGCAACCUGUACAACCACCAGAGCUUGUUGGACACUACAUGGCUUGUGUCCCUAAUCCAUACCAGGAUCCAUAUUAUGCGGGAAUGAUGGGAGCAUAUGGACAUCAGCCAUUGCAGGGUUUUCGUCCAUAUCUUGGAAUGCCUCGUGAAAGAACAGCCCUGCCACUUGACAUAACACAAGAACCUGUUUAUGUGAAUGCGAAACAGUACGAGGGAAUUCUAAGGCGACGAAAAGCACGUGCCAAGGCCGAGCUAGAAAGGAAAGUGAUCAACAGAAAGCCAUAUCUUCACGAGUCAAGACACAAGCACGCAAUGAGGAGGGCAAGGGCUAGUGGAGGCCGGUUUGCUAAGAAGACUGAGGCAGAAGCAGCAGAGGAUGCAGCAGCAGCAGCAGCUGGUAGAGAAAGAGAAAAAGGUUCAGCAACCAACUCAUCAGGCUCCGAACCAGUUGAAACAGACUCCAAUGAGACCUUCAACUCUUCAGGUGCACCAUAAUCAGUCAGUCAGCCAAACCUCUUGAGAAAAAAAUAAAGAGACACGCUUUGGCUAUAAAUAUAUCCAUCCAUUGCCUCAAACCGGCAAAUCAUUCUUGGCUUUUGGGUUUUGUGUUUGCUUACUUGUUCUUUGUCUGUGUGGGGGGGGGGGGUUUUGGAGUUACAAUGUACAAAGAGAAACCGAGUUAUGUUAGGUGUUAGAUUUGAGACAAGUGAUGGGGAAUAGUUCGGUAGGUCUUGUUUUUAUUCUUUUUUCUUUUCUUUCGGAAAAUUGGAAUACACGUUUGUUUAAUCGUUUUUGCUUAUCUGACCUGAAAGUGUUACAGAGCUGACAUUGUUGUUUGUU